GUGCAGUGCUGUGGAAGGCUGGCUUCUGCACACUUUUCCUUUCUUUGUGGAAAAGACUACUUGUUACUCACCUUGUUCCUCUGAUACAAGAUCAGUUGCUUCAUUCAGAGCUGCAUAUAUAUUUACCCUCAAAAAUGUCAUGGUUGCAGUUACCUGAGCCCUUACUUUCUAAAAACUGAAGACAUUUAUUCUUGUAUUACAACAUCAAAGAGCAAAAAGGAAAAAAUAUUUCCUGUGAAUCUUAAUGUUGCCCUGUAGCUUUGUCUGUUGCUGUGUCUUGUGUUGUCCCUUCCUCUGCACUGCCUGUCAACAGUGACUUUAACUUUUACUCACAUGUUCCCUACAAACAAGGAAAUGGUUGCCAAAACCACAGAGGCUGUAAGCAAGUGAUUACACCCGAUGAUGCUUUCGUUUGCAUUUUCCUCGUUAAAAGCUAAUGCUAACCAGGCCUCAGACAACUCAAGAUUUUUGGUGUAAUGCUGGAUUUGCCCCAGGCAGACGCUUGCAGUGCUGAUAUUUAAUACUGACAGCAGCUCUCACCCUGGCACACUUAUUUUAUCCUUCAAAUCCAGGAAAAUUGCUGCGUUACUUCUCAUUUCAUAGAUCUUUCUGAUACUUGUUCAUAAAUAAUGACAAAAUAAGCUUCCUAGAAAUAAACGAUACUGGUGAAUGUUUAAUGAAUAAAAGUGCAGUGUCUGGACUUUUAUAGAUCCCCUCACUGGAGCCCUAAGAGCAGCAUCAUUACAUGAGAAUGGCUCACAAAAUGAAAUAUGCAUAUUCCCAUUAUUAUGUGCUCAAGUAUUAAUGAGAGGUACUGUGAAUAGUCUAGGAGCCUAAUGCUAGAGCCCCUGCUCAAAAAGGGGAUAAAUCAUUGUAUUGCAUUUUUGGAAUUACUGUCUGUUUAGUACCUGUAUGGAGUUGUGGUAUGGAUAUUUCCUAGGCACAGGAGAUGUUUGGCAUAAAGUAAAAACUGUAUUCCACCAUAUGUAGAGUACAUUAGUUGCUACUGAACAAUCCCUGACUCCACAGCUGGUUUGGGGUCUCCAGACUGCAGCGGUCAAAGGGAGUGCAGCAGUCUAGAGGGACAUCUGGAUACCAGAAGUCUUUACUCUGGAGACGGAUAAAUAAUUCAUGUUCCUUAAGGUGGAAGUUAAUGACAACAAGGAUACAAGUUAUGGUUUCUGUCGGAUGAGGACUUGGUCUGGAAAUGAGGUUUCUUGGAACACUGAUUUCCGAAACCCUGAGCAUCAGCUCAGCUCUUCACACAUGUUGACUGAAAGCUUAGCAGCAUGUUGUCUGGUGUAUGGACUUGCUUUGGUUUCUUUUGUGACUCAAGGUAUUGAAUCUGAAUCUGUGAUCAGAGGCCACUUGAUUAGCUAAGGGGGUUCAGUGGUAGGAAGGUAACUCUUGAACUUGUCAGAUCCUGGGAGCACUGUGCACUAAACAGCUUCUUCCAGCACUAGGAAGAAGUAGGUUCUUAAGUGAAUGUAACUAAGAUCGCUGGAGCAAUGGGAGGUUCUGGGUAUGUUUUCUUCCCUGUGCUGUGCCAGCUGCGCAGGGAAUGUUGGUUGAAUAUGUGACAACCAAAGCUCUCACAUGUGGCUGUGUUGGUGCUAGAGCAGAAAAUCUGCUAUUCCUGGACAUAAAUCACACUUUGGAUAUUAGAUAGCGUUUUCCUAUGUGAAAUAGGAAGAAGGAUUAUUUCACUGGCACGUUUUCUCCUCGUGUGCUGUGAUCUGAGCUUGCUUCUUAAAGCAGCCUAGUUAUAACUGUGCUUGUGUGGGUAUCUGGUGUUUUAGGGAUUUGUUGGUGGCUUUUUCCUCCAGUUUUUGCAUGGGUAGGAUGGACUGGUUAUAGAAACAUGCAGGGCACUGUGCUGCUAAGUUUCUGGUUCAGCCUAUCUUACCUGAGGAUCUGCUUUCCAUAAUUUUUUGUCAAGUUGGCUUAUUGUACUCAUCAGCUCAGGAUGAGCUUACAGUAAUGCUUAACUCGUGCAGUACAGACUCACCAGCAAUACCUCUGCUGGGGUGACUGUGUCGCCUGGAGCUCCUGGAGACAAAGAACAGCGAGUCCUUGCAGUGCAGUUUUUCUUGGGCACAUGGAUUAAGGCAUGGGUGGCAGAACAAAUACUUCUCAGUUUAAUGAUCAGUCACCCUGGGCUGGUCUUGAGAGCCAGGUAACAACAGCCUUGUUCUAUUGUUGCUAUAUAGAAAGUCCUCGUGAUCAGUAGGACUAUGGCUGUUGGGCUGUGAUAUUCUGUUGUGCUCUCUGCACCAUCACCUUUUUCUGACACGGAGCCUUUAGCUGCUAAUCCAUGUGUUGUGUACGUGCCUCCUGCUGUCCCUUGGGACCUCCAUAGCUCUGUGUACAGCAGUGUCCUCUGGUGUGCCCUCCAGCACUGCUCGCUUCUGCUGCAGCACUUUGCCGAUGAGUGUGAUGCCGGAUGAAUCAGUGUUGCUGCAGUGUCACCUCCUUGCCUCGCCACCUCUCGUGCCACCUAAUGCAGAAUCUUCUGCUGCUCGGGCACUGCUGUUCGGGUGCCCCAUCUUGGGAGCACCACUGUGACACUUGGAAUGACUAAGGAGGCACUCUGUGUCUGGGAGUUCACACUCCUGAGGUCAGGCUGCCUGCCUGGUUAAAUCCUGUUUUAAUUCCAUCCCCGAGCGAAGCUGGCGAGCUGCCUGGUGAGUGGGUGUAAAGUGCAGGCUUCUCUCAACUGCCAAGCAAUUCUCUUUCUGUUUGCGCUGUGGACAAGAAUGGGGUGUCUGCUAUCCUGCUCCGUCAGCAUCCUCACAUCUGUUGAAGGGAAUCACUGUUACUGAAGACUGGAUCUGGCUUAAUUUAGAGCUAGAAGGGGACAAGGACAAAAAAACCCCAGCCACCCCCUGCCUGUAGUUUCGUAGAAUGAGGCUUGAGAGUUUAGUGGGUCAAAAUGGCUAUGUUCAUGCAGGAGAGAGAAUGUUAUAGUCUUGAACUUCAGUUUAAUGUUGGCUUCACUAGCAGAGUACCCCACUGUGCAGGUCACAGAAACAUCUAGCAAAUGUUGACCACUAAAUAUAGACGUCAGAGGAGUCAUGGGCUUUUUUUAGAGGGAGUUGUCGCAUUUCUGAAAUUAUGAUCACUGUUCUACUCAUCCUGUGUGUAAAGCACAUACCUGUGUUCCUCUCACAUGAUUAAGAUGUCAUGGAAGAGCUGGCGACGUGGAAGUUAAUAGCCUCUGAAGUGCCUGUGGAAGGUAGCAUUACUCAGACUGUAAUGACAGAGUAAGGAAUGUUUCCCAGGAGUAAUCAGAAACUGGUAGGCUGUUGUGUUUGCAGUUUGACAGCAAAGUUCUGGUAACGGCUGAGGUGCUAUUUGUGCUGCUCUUCUUGAAACUCCAUCACUGUUUCCAUUAGUAAAAUUUCCAUAGUUUAAAUCCUUGUGAUGACUGAAUGCAUUUGGUUGGAGUGUGCAAAGCAAGGAGGUGGAGAUGUGUAAAAUGGAUGGGAAGAGGUGUUUCCUGAUCUGUGGCUGGAUGGGAUUGAAUUCAGAUUGAGAACCACUGUUUGAAUUUUUCAAGUCCAAACCAAAGCUCAAUUAGAAGAUUUCAUUUUGUGGCUGGACUGGACUUGCCCCUAAACUGUGGAACUGCAAUAAAACCAUGUGUUUCAAAAGCUCAUCUUAAUGCUCAAGCAUGUGAAGAGAAUUGAGGAUACAGUGCACUUUGUGUCUUCCUUUCUUCCACUCCCUUUCCUGCACCUCCUGCCUUCCUGCUUGUUGAUACCAAACUAAAAAGCUUUUGCACAACAGGCAGAGUAGCAAACAGCAGACAUAAGGGUGGUGGUGGUAGGAAUCUGGACUGGAUGGCUCUGGUUUGCCUUGGGGAAACUCCUAGAAGAAGCUCUGGUCCUCUGGUGUGUGUCCUGCCUGAGGAACUGGCAAACUCUGUCUACUUGGUUAUGGAGUACUGUAAUGGUGGUGACCUGGCAGACUAUCUUCACACUAUGCGGACACUUAGCGAAGACACCAUCAGGCUCUUUCUCCAGCAGAUAGCAGGUGCCAUGAAAAUGCUGCACAGCAAAGGCAUCAUCCAUCGGGACCUGAAACCACAGAAUAUCCUCCUUUCCUACGCUGGAGGCAGGAAAUCAAAUCCCAACAACAUUCGCAUAAAGAUUGCUGACUUUGGGUUUGCCCGAUACCUGCAGAAUAAUAUGAUGGCAGCAACAUUGUGUGGUUCACCAAUGUACAUGGCACCAGAAGUCAUUAUGUCUCAACACUACGAUGCCAAAGCUGACCUCUGGAGUAUAGGAACCAUCAUUUAUCAAUGUCUAACAGGAAAGGCUCCUUUUCAGGCCAGCAGCCCACAGGAUCUUCGCCUCUUCUAUGAGAAAAACAAGAUGCUGAUGCCCAACAUCCCCAGGGAGACAUCCAGCCACCUGAGGCAGCUGUUGCUGGGCCUUUUGCAGCGUAACCAUAAGGACCGCAUGGACUUUGAUGAAUUUUUCCAUCACCCAUUCUUGGAUGCAAGUGCCUCAAUGAAAAAAUCUGCUUCUGUGCCAAUGCCUUCUUAUCCCAGUUCAGGCUCCGGUAGUUCCUCCAGCAGCUCCUCUACUUCCCACUUGGCAUCACCUCCCCAGUCCCUUGGAGAGAUGCAGCAGCAGCUGCAGGAGAAGGCGCUGGCAUCUCCUACCCAGGAUUCCCCCGGCUUUCUGCAUGGAUCUAAGGACUCUGCUGGAAGCAGCAGUAAGAAUUCAUCUUGUGACACAGACGACUUCGUUAUGGUCCCAGCACAGUUCUCAAGUGAUUUAACUGCUGAGGCUGCAGGAGGGAAACCAAUCCAAGACAGCUUGAUGUAUAGCGGGAGUUCUCUGGUGACUUCAGCAGGCUUGGAAAGCCAGGGAAGGACACCAUCUCCUUCACCCCCAUACAGCAGUUCUCCAAGCCCAUCCAGCCGGCCAGGUCAGUUUUCCAGCAGCAAGUACGGACACUCCGUGCCCAUUCCGGUCCCAACACAGAUUCACAACUACCGACGGAUUGAGCAGAACCUGCAGUCUCCCAAUCAAUACGCCUCUCCACGAUCUGGUACGGUCCGGAGGUCUAGCAGUACAAGUCCUCUUGGUUUUCCUAAAACUGGUGCUUCCCCUCCUUAUGCUGGAGAGCAUGGAUCUGUGCCCAGCUCUAGAAAGCUCUCCUUUGGCGGUGCCAAGCCGUUUAUGCCAUCACCGCAAGUUGGAACAAUCCCAGAGCAGCCCAGCCAGACUGUUAUCCCAUCUUCUCUUGGAGCAGAUGUGAGAAGCCGGAUUCCUGUUGCUGGUUCCUCAGCACCUGAACACUCUUCUCGAGGGAUGGGCUCCCGGCUCCACAGUGCUCCCAACCUGUCGGAUUUGCAUUCCUGCAGGCAGAAGAUAACCAAGCAGCACUCUGAUCCUCUUGUUGCUCACUUCGGUCAUACCCCAGUCAGCCAGCCUUUGCAGAUCCACGGCUUGCAGCACUGCCGGCAGCUCAGAUCCUCACCGAAGCUGUCUGAGUUCAUGCAGAGAAGCCCUUUGCCAACGAUAGUGGGCUCCCCUACAAAGGCUGUGUCCCCGUUUGAGUUUCCCAAAACCCCAAGUUCCCAGAAUCUCCUCACCCUCUUGGCCCACCAGGGGGUCAUGAUGACUCCAACACGGAAUAAGACCUUGCCAGAUCUGAAGGAGAUGGGUCAUUUCCACUGCCAACAAACUGGCUUGGGAUUGAGGCCCGUGGAAGAGAUCAAGGGCAGAUCUCUGAGCACAGGCAGGCUCACUGACCUGCUUCUGAAGGCAGCGUUUGGGGCACAGAUCUCAGAAGCUGGCAGCAACGAUAGCCUGAACAAUGAGAAGCCAAUGGAAAUUGCAGCUCCCUCAGGUGCUUACGGAGGGACCCUGCACUCUGGUGCCCGGGCUGGGGGCUCUGCCAGCCCAUCCCCAGUGAUUUUUACUGUUGGAUCCCCUCCCAGUGGAACAACCCCCCCACAGACCACGAGGACCAGGAUGUUUUCAGUGGGGUCUUCCAGCUCUCUCAGUUCUGGAGGCUCAUUCACCGGCAGGCACUUGGCAGUGGGAACUGGUGGGGAUGCUGCGGAAGGCCCCUCAAGUCUCCGGUACGCUUUUGCUGAUCCGAUCACGGCCAACCUGGAAGGUGCUGUUACAUUUGAGGCACCAGAGUUGCCCGAAGAGACGCUCAUGGAGCAAGAGCACACUGACAUCCUGCGCAGCCUCCGCUUCACGCUGGCCUUUGUCCACUACGUGAUGGAAAUUGCUGCCCUUAAAGGCAGCUCCAGCGAGAUGAGCAGCUCAGUGACAGCCGAGUACCAGCUCCAGGAGAGCGUGGUGGCCGACCAGAUCAGCCUCCUCAGCCGGGAGUGGAGCUAUGCAGAGCAGCUGGUGCUGUACCUGAAAGUAGCAGAGCUUCUGUCCUCGGGGCUGCAGAUGGCCAUAGAGCAGAUCAAAGCUGGCAAGCUGUGCCUCUCCUCCACUGUCAAGCAAGUUGUGAAGAAGCUGAAUGAGCUUUACAAAUCCAGUGUCUCAUGCUGCCACUGCCUCAACAUGAGACUCCAGAGGUUCUUCUUGGACAAACAGAAACUCAUGGAUCGGAUCAACAGCAUCACUGCAGAGAAGCUCAUCUUCAGCUAUGCUGUGCAAAUGGUACAGUCUGCAGCCCUGGAUGAGAUGUUCCACCGCAGAGAGGACUGCGCACAGAGGUACCACAAGGCUCUGCUGCUCAUGGAGGGGCUCCUGAACAUCAUCACUGAACAGGGGGACAUAGAAAACAUCAAUAAAUGUAAGCUGUGCAUCGAGCGCAGGCUGUCGGCGCUGCUGUCGGGGUUCUGUGCCUGAUGUCAGGGUUGCUGUUCUUCGCGCCCCAGCUGAUGGCUUUUUUUCCAGCGGCCUGCUGCUGCGGUGGGAAGUGAUUCUGGCAGCAGGAGCCCUGCAGGAUGAACUGCUCAGUGUUCCGUAUUCUGACGCUUUGGGAAGUUGUUCCACGGACUCGGAUUCCUUUGUGGGGAUGCAUGACUGCCCAAAGGCCUGGGCGAAGGUGUAGCCGAUGUGGAAAGGUUUCCCUCUUUGGCAGAGGGGUUGAAGGAUAGAAAUCUGCUUCUUCCCAGCACUUUGAAGGAUAAGACUGCUGCCUAUCCCUCUUGCUUAAGAACAGGGUAUUCCAGUGCUGUGUCCAUUGCAGGCAAUGGAUGUGCUGAAACUGCUGGCUUCAGUUAACGUUGGAGGGUGUCAUUCAGAAAUCAAGGCCAGUUUGUGUACUUUCCCCUACCCAGCUGAGAGCCAGGCAUCUUCAAGCUUCCUGGCACCCUGAGGCUCCCCUCCUUUCCCUCCGUUGUCCCCUCUCACAUGUGUUUAUGCCUUGGAGUGCUUACUGAAUGGCAGAGAAGAGGGAGGCAGCUCCCUGUUGCCCGAGCGCUGCUGAAGUAGCUCCCACCUCAACAGACUUGCUGAGCAAGGCAGAGGAGGCGCUGCGCUGGGGCAGGUUGUGUUUCCCAUGUGGGCAAACCACACAGGGAGAGAGACUCUGCACAGGGAACGGGAGGAUGACAAAGUGUUAAUGCUCCUGUGUUGGUAAGAAGCCAAAAUGAACCUGUUCCUCGCUUGGUCACUAAGCUCAGCAGGAUCAACUCGAAGGACUCGUGGCUGUUCAGCUCGGCCUCUCAGUAGGUAUCUACCAGGAGGAAGCACUAGCGCUGUCCUGCUUUCAGCUGUUGGCUCGAUAACCCCUUUCCUGGAGCCCUCACCCCACCCCAAACUGAAAACACUAGCUUUGUGAAUCAAAGGAGCACUUUACACACUAUGGGAACUUUGAGGAGUUGACUUUGCAUCACACAACAACCCAGGAACAUCACGACUGUUAGGAAUGUUGUUCUUUUUAUUCCUUUUCCUUGCUUCCUGGUUGUUUUAUUGCACUACAUGUGUGCGUAUAUUAAUAUGUAUUCCUCUGGGUGAAUAUAUAUUGAUAUAGAUAUGGUUUGUGUGUAACUGUAUGUAUUUAACUGUACUGUAUCUUGUGAGUGUGAGGCAAAGAGCACUGCAGUCUGUGCUGUUCCUCCUCCACACUGGGCAAAGCUGACUUGCAGUACCAUGGUUUGUUUUGUUGUUUAUUUAAAUGUUCUUUUAAGGACAGUCAGUAUAAAGCUUUUUAAAGAGCUCAAGAACAGGCGUUCAGAUCCUACACACUUACAAUUAGAAACCCUUUUUUUUUUUAAGUUUUAUUUGCUGCUUCGUGUUUUUUAUAAAGAAAUCUUGUAGUGUUCAGUUUUAUGUUCAGCAUUUCUUCUAAGGAGACUCUGUAGCCAAAUGAGACUGCGAGUGCGAGUGGCUCUGGUUGAGGCUUCGGAUGCUGUGAGCAUGUGUGAGAGGAGAGCUGGCUGCCUUUCCGUCUGCGUGUGCAUGUGUGUGUCUUAAUUUAUCAGUCGUGGCAGUAUUCUGUUAGCGCUGGGCAGAAAAGGAUCUUUGAAAGCAACUCAAAACCUCAGGCUUUGUUUUUUUUGGGAUUUAAACAUAUUUUGCACAUGGUGGUUAAGUCCUCGUCGCUUUUUUUCCUCUCAAUAUUGGCACGUUCAGUGUGAUACUUUACAAAGGGUUUCAGGAGCAACUCGAUUGACUUUGGAGCUGGCAUCAUCUUUGGCAACGUGGGUGUUGAAACGCCAAUAAAUGAAUUAAAAGAGAUUCCCAGUCGCCCCAAACAGGGAAGUUUAAGUGUAGCUUUGACAAAUGCUUCAGUGUUGGGCCGCUGUUACAUCCUGCACUCGCAGCCUGCUGCUUCUGUGGCCGUUGUGCUUGUGCCUGGGACAAAGAGAACAGAAGAUAAGGAUACAAUCCCAACCAACCAAGGCCCAGCCUGUGGAUGGGAACGCCGAGGAGACCCAGACUGCUGCCCAGAGGCUAUUGCCAGUUCUGCAAAGGGCUACGCUGCAGGAGGUGGCGCGGGAGCACUAAGCCAGGACUGACUCUGCAAUACAGACACCCCGAGCCCCCCCGGCACACAGCGACAGCUCCAGCCCCGGACACGCGGGUGGGAUGGUCCCUGCGCAUGGCGAGCUCAGCACUAACCUUCCAGCCGUGCUUCAUAACUUGAAUGUAUCAAAAUCGUCCACAUUCAAUGUACACAAGUAUAUAUUGCUCCAAAAAAAGCGUGGUUUACAGACCUACAGCCGGUAUAUAUGUAUGUGUUUGUGUAUAUACAUACGAGGAGGUGUGUGUAUGUGUAUGGAUACACACGCAAACACAAACGUGUAUAUAGAUGUUUUUUCUCUCAAUACUUGAAACUUAGCCACUGUGCUUGAAAAAAAACAAAAAAAAGACAAAAACACACAAGAAAACACAUAAAAAAACCACCCCCAAAACUGGGGGGGGGG